AUGACAGGUGUGCAGAUCUUGAUUCAAGUCGACGGUGAGAGUUUCUAUUGGCAGCAAGGAUUCGGUUGCCUCCAAAGCCGAAAUCAAAGCAGCCUUGAGCGAUUACUCACCCUCUCCAAGGCGUUUACUCACUCAAUCGAGUGGGAACUUCUGAGUGCGGAUCAAAAGGAGAGACCCAACGACGCAUUACAGGCAUGCUCAGCUCGCCUUUUGAGCAACGCGAAGAAGAUCAAUGACGAUGGGCUGGGAUCUUUCGGCAUCCUUCCAAAUUCAAAAGAGGAGAAGAAUUUCAUUUCAAUCGUUCAAGAGAUAAUGCACCCGACAAAUACGUGCCAGGGGACAAAUAGAUAUCAUGAAUCCGCAUAUUGGAAUACAUUACGGCUGAUAGCUGAAUACACGAGCCUGGCACAUGUCUUUCUGGUGGUCCACUCGUUGUCCAAGAAGAUGUUUCGGAAAUUGGGUGUGAAUGGACUUUCCAAGUUGGUUCAAUAUGUUUCGGAAGUACGGGAUCGACUUUUAUGCCCGGCUCUUCAGGAACAGGUCGCUCAUAUUCGAUACGGUAACUCUCCCAAGAUCAUAUCAACAGAGAUUCAAUUGACCUUUUCAAGGGCGGACCUCGUCGAAAUUGACCGAUCCGGGCCAAGUUCACACGACGACGACCACAGAAAGCGCAACCCCGGAUCUCAUAUAUGGAGGGGAUGUGCAGACGGUUUCGCUUGA